AUGGGAGAGAUGAAGAAGCUGAAUCACACAACCUACUGCAGAGAGAAUUACACCGACCUGGUCAGUGCGAGGAACCAAACUGAGAAUGACAAGAUUUGGAGUGUGGUUAAUGUUUUAGCCUAUUCAGGUGUUUGGAUCGGUCUGUUUUAUGACUCCUGGAAUUGGUCAGAUCUGAGUAACUCCUUAUUCAGAUACUGGAGAUCUGACAAACCCAGUGGAAGUUUGAUCUGUGCUGCAGUGUCUGAGUCUGAGCAACGUUACUGGACUGAUGUGAACUGCAGAGAAAAACUCCCGUUCAUCUGCCAUGAGAAUAAAGUGAUCCUGAUUAAGAAGAACCUGACCUGGUGGGAAGCUCUGACAUACUGCAGGAACCAUCAUCAUGACCUGGUGUCAGUGCGCACCGAGGAGAUGCAGCUCUGGGUGAAGGAAGUGACUCAAAACGCCUCCACUGAACACGUGUGGCUCGGCCUGCGUCACGACUGCGCCCAGCGUGUCUGGUUCUGGGUUGUUGGAUCAAUAAUCUGCUAUGAGGGCUGGGCACCAGGGAAUGGGACCUGGAAUGAAGACUGUAGUCAUGAGAAGAGAAGCGGAGCAGUGCAGUCUGGAGGAGAGCAGAAGUGGAUCGAGCUGCCUGAGAGCCAGACGCUCAACUUCAUCUGCUCUACUUAUGAUGGUUAGUCACAGUGUUUUUGU